AUGGCUACAAAAAUUACGUUUUUCAUGGAAUGGGUACGAAAACGAGCGAUACGACUGAUCAGACACCGACCGGCCCGACUAGAAAAAAAACCACCCGUCCCUGCUACCCACAACGAGCCGUCGCUGCCCUGCCACCUUCCCCUGCCGCGCCACCUCCCCCCGCCGCGCUGCCGCACAACCACCUUCCCCCACCGCGCCACCGCCCCCACCUUUCCCCUCGGCCACCGCCCCCCAGCGCGCCUUUGGUCGGCCUUGCCUCUAGCACGCCGCCGCCCGACCUCCUCUCCCAAUUGUGCCGCCGGCGGGCCUUCUUCCCAUCGCGCCGCCGUCCAACAUUCUCCCCGAGCACGCCGCCGCCCGGAUUCCUCCCCACCGCGCCGCCGCCCGGACUCCUCUCCACCGCGCCGCCGCCCGACCCUCUCCACAUCGCAGGCAGCGUCUUCGUUCUUCUCCGGACGCCUCCCCCCCUCCAACCUCCUGCAUCUCGCGCUGCCCCCAUGUCUCCCGGUUCCCACACCACAAUGCCGUCUCCCGGUGGGACUCCGCCGCCGAAGCGCCCUGUCCGUUCACAUCCACCACUCCAGUCCGUUCAACGCCACCACCCGAACCGGUUCACCACCUUCCUCCACCGCCCCUCCUCUUCUUGGUGUAGCCAGCGGUGCUCUGCCCCUCUUUUGCUUCCCCUGUCAAUCUCAGGAACUCCUCGCAGUAUUCUUCGACGCCUUUCGGCCUCUGUCACCGCCGCUCCCUGAACUGCUAUCCGCUGCACAAGCAACAUACUGGGCCGUUCAACUUCCUGCCGCUGGCGCCGUGGGUCACCACAAAAUCGAGGUCGCUGCCCCUUGGCUCUUGCUGCUCUCGCCGCAGAUAUUUUAUGCCAGUAAGGUGUUUGUGUUAAUGGCUGAAAAGAGAAGAAUUUUUUGCCCCUGAAUUAUGUUUUGUGUUAGGAUGGCUAGUGACAUUGGAGAAUAAGUGGAGUACAAAUCUAAUUUUCUUGGAGGUUCAUUGUGUCUCUGUCGAGCAGUACAUUCUCUGAAUUAAGUCUGAUGUAAUUGGUUAAUGAAAACAAAACAAUUGUUCAAAUGUGCAUUAUAGAAAACAAUUCAUACAAAAAAGCAGUCAAGUAUUGUUGUAAAUUACAAAACAAUAGUCAGUUUUGUUUACAAAAAAGUUCACCACAUAAAAAAUGCAACAGUAGUUCAACACAAUAUACAGGAGGGUGUGAGUUGGAUAUGUUUACAAACUAAAGAUAUGUGUCAAAGAGUUCACUUCAUCUUCAGAGCAUUAGAUUCCCAAAAAGUAGAAUGGUUGAGCUAGUUCAGUUUUUUCAGUCCAUCUUUUGUGUGCUAUUCGGUUCAUCUAAUUCUGAAUCGUAAGUACAAUUCCCUUUAUGUUUUGCAUCUUCAUAUAACACAAAACAGGCACCGGAGGAUAAGGUGAGAAUAUAUACUAAUAAAAUGUGUGGUGGCAUUGUCCACAUUUUGAAUUUAAACCACUAGCUUUUUUAUACACAAGGGCUUGCCCUGGGAGAGCCUAUAUAUGCAUGAGCACUAUUGCUACAAACUUUAAUCCCCCAUUUUCCGGCCUGCAGAGCAUUAGAAAAAAAAUUCAAUUUUGGAAAUUCAUUCAGUUCUCUGGUUAGUAGACUAGUGGUUCAUCUUGCUAAAUCUUGUGGUUUAAAGUUUCUUUUUUGUUACAACAGUUCAGUGUGUAUUUUAAGAAAAAAAACCAACAAUGGCGGCUGCAUUGAAGCCGCAUGACUACUAUUGCUGAUAGGUUUGUGAACUAAUAAACAUUCUUUUUAUGUUCCUGUGAUGUUUCAUAUUUUUGUGAACUGAUAGUUGAUGCUCUUUGUGGACUGAUAGCUGAUACUUUUUGUUAACUGAUAAACUGAAUAAAUGAGAUGGAUGUAUUAUCAGGCCGUGAAAAUGAUGUAAAAAAUAGGUGCAAUUCAGCGGAUGAGUAUUAUGUAUGUCCUUCUAAUCUGAAGGUAGUGGCACCACUAAGAAAAACAAAAUAAUCAGUUUUUUGUAGCCACGGAAUGGGCAUUUGGCCCAGUAAUCUUCCAUUGCUAGAGGUACCGCCUCCUGAGUUAAUUUAUGAAACUGAAAUCAUCCUUUUUAUGUUUUUGUGUUGUCAAAUAAAACCAAUUUUUUUGGACACGCAGCGCUCAAGCCGUUCACCCUUACCACCACAAGUCGUUCACCUCCGCCACACGAGGCCGUGCGACGACGCAACUAUCAGAACGUUCACCUCUGCCACAGGAGGCCGAUGCAACGCUAAGAAUGUUUUGUUCUUUUUCAGUACAUGUUUUGUGUGCUUUUUAGUACACCUACUUAACGAUUCUAUGUCCAAUUUCCCCUGUUUAAGUGUUCUUCAUAUAGCACAUUAGGAGUUGUGUGUUAUGCUUAAUAAGCAUUUGAGAAACCCUUGUAUGGAUCGAAACUAGCAUAUGUUCUGUUCUAUUCUUGUAAAUGAA